GAUUCCUGCCUGAGUUUUGUCCCGGGUUUCCCACUUGAAAAUGGUGAUGAAUGACAGCCAUAGGCGUUUCAUUCAAGUGCUGAUGUCCCAUGGAAUAAUGGAAGCCUCGGCUGUACGGAAGUUGCAUAGGCAUUGCUGUGAAAUACACAAAGUUCAUUACGUGCAUGACAAAUUAGACGAUUUUAUUGAUGUUAUAAACAAGCACUUGAAGCCUGUAUUUAUGGAAAUAAGGAAAAGAUUUGGUGAAGAUGAUGGGAAACGAUACUAUGCCCUGGUGAACACUGUGGAAAAUGACGUUGCUAAAAUGGCUACAGAUUAUGCCGAAAAUGAGCUUGAGCUGUUCAGAAGAGCUUUGGACUUAAUUAUAGAGUCUACCAAUGGUUUUGCAUCCUCCACCUAUAUAUUGAACCUGGCUGACAAUCUGCAGAACAAGAAGAUGAGGAAAAAAGAGGCAGAACAAUUGUUGCAAAGAUUUGUUCAAGACAAAUGGCUUAUUGAGAGGGAUGGGGAAUAUACACUUCACACUCGCUGCCUGAUGGAAAUGGAACACUAUAUGCGAAACAAUUACCCAGAUUUGAUGAAAAUUUGCAAUAUUUGCCGUGACAUAACAAUUCAGAGCCAGGCUUGUGUUGUCUGUGGGAUCUACAUUCACCUACCAUGUGUGGAGAAGUACUUUAAAGGACAUGCAGAGCCUAGUUGUCCUCAAUGCAGUGAACCGUGGGCUCAUGAAAUUCCAGAUUUAAACCAGGCUGAUUCGCAAAGCUCACCGAUACCCUCCACUUCGAAAAAUGGUCCAGUUCACACUCAAGAGAGAAGAUUGCACAAAACUCAAUCGAACUUAAGGAGCAGACGAUAAGAACAAACUUAGAUACAUUCUUCUUAAGAGAGCUCAGGGAGUUUUACAGGGUUAUUCACUGAAGUGAAUUUCAAAUUGAAGGCCACAGCAGCUGAAGUGGAGACACGGCUGAGUUUGCGAAUUUUUCCAGUUUAGCUAGUUUGAGCUUAAAUUUGAAAUUGAUUUUGAAUUCUCACUUUGGUGAAUAACCCUGUUAGUGUUUUUCCCUCUAUCAAAGCCAUACAAUUUAAAUUUUCUUAUUAUUGUUAGAACCUGCUCACAGUCCGUAAACAUAAUUUGUUCCAUUGAGUUAAGUGUAUUCGCUUGCACAAUUGGCCUUAGAGACCAUAGAAG